AUGCAACUCAAGUUCACCUUUGCCUCCCUCGUCGCCAUCCUUGCUUCCAACGUCGCUUUGGCUGCUGAAGGGGACGUCUUCACUGCUACAAGGGUGUUCCACACCAUCAUCAAGGAGGAACCAUACCUUGUCGACAGAACUGAAACCUUUGUUUGGACUCAAGGCCCAAGUAUCGUAGAUCCCAGUGCAACUGUCAUCCCUCCCGAAGUGGACCAGACAGUUGUCUAUGGCGAAGAGCCAACUCGGGCUGCAUAA